UUGUGCUAGUUCCUGUCAACUGUUUCCUCCGCUCAGGCACCAAACGUUGGUAGAAAUAUCAAACUGUCAGCUCAUAUAAAUCAGAAAUAGUCUUGAGCCACAUCACUGGCCUGCCAGCAACACAGUUCCUCUGCCAUGGUUAACAACAUCAUGUCAAAGCCUCUCGGGUUAGUUCUGAUCCUCACAGCUCACAUGGUGUUCAACGGGUUUUGCUCCCAUACAGGGCUGAGCCAAGAGAUGGUGGGGAGCCUCGGCGGCAACAUCACCCUUGAAUUCCCAUUUAACUCCAGUGUCAGUGUAACAGGUUUUGCAAUUUAUAAAAAAAAAAACUCAACAGACGAAGGACAAAAGAUUGCUGGGUAUUUAAAUGGCAAAAUAGAAGGCAAUCUUACAGUCUACCCUAAAAAUAUGUCUGUCUAUUUUGAAAUGACUAAUCUCAGUCUAAGUCAAAAAGGAAUUUACUGGGCCAGUUUGUUUGUGGACGGCAUCAUCGAAAAAAGUAGAAGGAUAGAGCUGGACGUCCGAGUGGAGAACAGAAGCACGGUAACUACAAAACCUGAACCUGACAGUGGAAAUGCCGGAGUGUCCUCCUUUCCAUUCCUCGCUGUCCUUUUGGUUUCUUCUGUUGUGCUGUUGGCUGCAGUUCUUCCCUUGUUGAUCUGGUGUAUCUUGAGACACAAAGAUAAACAACCAGCACCAGCACAACAAAGCUCUAAUCCCACAGCACAGGAAACAGUUGCAAGCAUUGUGCCUGCACCUCCUCUGGUCUACAGCGUCCUGGACUUUCCCAAAAGAACUUCAGCAGUUAUGGAGAUGAAUUCAAGUCAAACAGAGUACGCUGCCAUCAGUUAUCUCCCAGAGAAGAGACAAGGGUGACCUGCAGAUGAAUGUAAGCCAGGCGGUCUCUCUUGGUUUGGGUAUACAGAUGCUUAUAUGAAUGUAUUUUAACAGCACAAUGACGAAUCCUCACAGUCUGUAUGCCCAUUGCCAUAAUUUACAAGCAAAACAGGUCAUGAGGGGAAGAGUCUCUUGGGUCGUGAGUAUUGAGGUGUCCCUUUUGUUUUUGGUGGUCAUAAGAUUCAAAUGUUCAUAGUCGCUGCAACAAACCACAACCAAGAACACAUUAUGUUACAGUGACAAACCUUUUAGUUAUGUUAGUCUUUUUUUCCCCACUGUCUUCUGUCACAGAAACUCUUAAAGGGAAAGUCUUGUGGGACUGUGAUUAAGAAAAGUCGUAAUAGAAGAUAAAACAACAUUUUCAGAUCCUAUUAUAACAUAUUUCCAGUGUAGUCAAUGUCUGGUAUUUCUUUUUUCUCUGUGACAUAGACCUCUAUUGUUGCAGUCCGUUAUAGUUUUUGUGAUAGACAUGAUUUAUUUUGAAUUCCCUCAAACAUUUCCCUGCUCUUUCAAAUACUCACUGGAGCAGCAAAGGUGUAUUAUUUCUGCUUGAGUAACAUUUCCCUUAAACUAUAUUGCCAAUCUGCUUAGGUUAUUACCAAGUACUUUAAUUAUAUAUUUUAAUGAAACAACAAUACAAAUUAAAGUGGCUAGCAUUGUGUCCAGAUUUUUGAAAGACCAACAAAAUAUUAUAAUAUUUAUCAUUCGCUAAGUCUUUAAGAUAUCGGACACUUAUUUUAAAAAUAAAAUAUGAGAUUGUCUACGUACUGUAUGGUGUGACAGUGUGUCCCUCUUACCCCAGUUUAACACACACACACACCACAUUAUCUCACUGCUACUUUCCACUGCAUGCUCUUCAAAGUUCUCUAUUGGCAGGUGCUUGUUGAUUUUUUGAUAGAUUUAUACGACAAAGUUUCAAUUUAUGUUCUCAGCGCCACAUUGUUCACACGUGGCAGAUAGGCCAAACUGAUUGAUGUGUGUUUUUUAAAUAGAUGGCAAAAAUGGCUGACAAACCCAGACGGAUAUCAUUCUCAGCUCUAAAAACCUUGUCGGUAAAAUAGCAAAUAUGCAUUUUGAAUCUACAAUGUUAAUCAGUUUCUCGUCUUGUCAGGUGUGAGUUUUGUACAUUGAAUUGAAAUGCAGCAGUGAAUGUCAAAAUACAGAAAUAAACUGUAUUCUUUGUGUGCAAAUAAUGUUCUUACUUUAUGUUGGUGGAGUCCUGAAUAAAAUGAUUC